UUGUGAGUCCAGGACAGCAAAGUUUGCUGCUCCCCACCAGCCUUGCAGUGUUUGGGCUGAUCACCAGGAAGGCAGCAGAAAGAGAAACUCAGUUCAAACUUCACCUGAAGCCUUGGUCUCCCCCUCUUCCCAAAUCAAGAAAGAGAGGGACAUUUACCCACCCUUUGUUGCACUCCCAGGGCACCCCUAUGAAGGCAACUUGCUGGAUCCUGGCAGGUUUUUACCUGCUUUUCUGCUGCAAGGCAGAAGAGGGACUGAACUUUCCCACUUACGAUGGGAAAGACCGAGUGAUCGACCUGAAUGAGAAGAACUACAAGCAGGCUCUGAAGAAGUAUGACAUGCUCUGCCUGCUCUUCCAUGAGCCUGUGAGUUCUGACAAGGUCUCCCAAAAGCAGUUCCAGAUGACAGAGAUGGUCCUGGAGCUGGCAGCUCAGGUCCUGGAGCCCAGAAGCAUUGGUUUUGGGAUGGUGGACUCCAAGAAGGAUGCCAAACUUGCAAAAAAAUUAGGCUUGCUUGAAGAGGGAAGUCUCUAUGUCUUUAAGGAUGAGCGGCUGAUCGAAUUUGAUGGGGAACUGGCCACAGAUGUCUUGGUGGAAUUCCUCUUGGAUUUGCUAGAAGACCCUGUGGAGGUCAUAAACAGCAAGCUGGAGCUUCAGGCCUUUGACCAGAUCGAUGAUGAAAUCAAACUCAUCGGCUACUUUAAAGGAGAAGACUCUGAACAUUUCAAGGCAUUUGAAGAAGCUGCUGAACAAUUCCAGCCGUACAUCAAGUUCUUUGCUACUUUUGACAAAGGGGUUGCCAAGAAGCUAGGUCUCAAGAUGAAUGAGGUGGACUUCUAUGAACCAUUUAUGGAUGAGCCUGUUCACAUCCCUGAUAAACCUUACACAGAAGAGGAGCUGGUUGAAUUUGUGAGAGAGCACAGAAGGGCCACCUUGAGGAAGCUGCGCCCAGAGGACAUGUUUGAGACAUGGGAGGAUGACAUGGAGGGUAUCCACAUUGUAGCCUUCGCUGAAGAAGACGACCCAGAUGGUUUUGAGUUCCUGGAAAUCCUGAAGCAGGUUGCCAGGGACAACACAGAUAAUCCUGACCUGAGCAUUGUCUGGAUUGACCCUGAUGACUUUCCUCUGCUGAUCACUUACUGGGAGAAGACCUUCAAGAUCGACUUGUUCAGACCACAGAUCGGGGUGGUGAAUGUCACAGACGCUGACAGCAUCUGGAUGGACAUCAGAGAUGAUGAUGACCUGCCCACAGCUGAGGAGCUGGAAGACUGGAUAGAAGAUGUGCUUUCUGGGAAGAUAAAUACUGAAGAUGAUGAUGACGAUGACGACGAUGAUGAUGAUGAUGACGAUGACGACGAUGAUGAUGAUGAUGAUGAUGAUGACGAUGAUGAUGACGAUGAUGACGAUGACUAACUGUGACUCUGUGCAGUUUGACUUGUGGGGCUUGAGAGCCUUCCCCCUGCGGCAGGUCCCUCCAUUGGAAGGCCUGUGUUUGAGCAAGCACUGCUGCUCCUCUUUGCCCCCUGCCCUGCUCCCCCUGCCCCUGCCCUU